CGUUGAGCGGGGAAGAAGAUGGCUCCUCGGUACUUGGCUGUGUGUUGUUUCAGAAUGCCACUGUCUUCCGCUGGCAUCCGUAUGGAUUCAUCAGCUUCAUACGUUUUCUACAAAUGCUGCCAGAUAUGACCCCGUCGCUGCCAUGUAGGUAAGCCUACACAACCAUGGAUCCAUCGUUUUAUCUUGCUGCUGGGAUUGCUGGCGUGGCCACCCACCUGUUGUAUUUUCACAAUGGCGAACACCACUUAUAUCCCCAACGGUACCUCCAGGCGCUCCUUCUGCUAUCCUUGACGGUAGCUGGACUGUUCAAAUAUGUCGCAAAAGUUGCCACUGCCGAUGCCAUAUCCCUCUCCGCCAGGUUGACCACCGUAUAUGUCGCCGGCAUCUACCUGAGCGUGGUAAUCUACCGCCUCUUCUUCAACCCACUCAACAAAUAUCCAGGCCGCCUCCUCGCCCGCCUCACAGCCUUCGAUCAAGUCUUUCGCGUCGCCAAGAACAAGGACAUGUUCCUGAAACUAUACGAUGCACACCAGAAACUGGGCAACUUCGUCCGCAUCGGGCCCAAUGAUCUAUCCGUCGCUGAUGCAGACGCUGUCCGGGUGGCGUUUUCGGCUCAGACGACAUGUUCAAAAGCACCCUGGUACUCGAUUGAACUCCCUGCGUAUUCAAUGCACUCGACGAGGUCGAGGGCAGAUCACGAUAAACGACGGCGUAUCUGGAGUCCGGCGUUCAGCGAUAAGGCUCUGCGAGGGUAUGAACAGCGGGUGUUGAAGUAUAACAAGAGUCUGCUAGAGCGUCUCUCGUCAUUUGACGGUCAAACCGUGAAUGCAUCGCGAUGGUUCAAUCUGUGGAGUUUCGACGUUAUGGGAGACCUGGCAUUCGGGCGGUCCUUCGAUAUGCUCGCAUCCAAGUCCCAGGAAGAGCACUGGGCGAUUCAGAUCCUGAACAACGCACAAGAUAAAGCCGGCCUGGCAUUUCCGCCGUGGCUUAAUCGGCUUCUCUGGCAUGUCCCCGGAAUCAGAAAGUCGUAUUUCCGGUUCUUGAACUAUUGCGCCGAGAUGAUUGAACAGAGGAUGCUUGUGCAGGGGAAGCAGCAAAACCCUGACAUCACGCACUAUCUUAUUGAAGAUUUCAACAAGAGGAGCACAGAAGACCAGAAGGUCGAGAUCCACUCUCUACAUCUAGACAGUAAACUCAUUAUCGUGGCCGGUAGCGAUACAACUGCAGCUACGCUGACAUACAUGUUCUUCCACCUCGCCACCGAAGAGGGCCUCCUGGCGCGGCUUCGACAAGAAAUCGAACCACUACUAGGGGAGAACGGAGAGAUUGAACACCGGGACCUCCAAAACGCACAGCUCUUAAACGGCUGCAUAAACGAAACCCUACGACUACAUCCCCCGGUCCCCAGCGGCCUCUACCGCAAAACACCCCCCGAAGGAGUCCAAAUCGGCCAGGAAUAUAUCCCAGGGAAUACCACUCUCCAGAUCCAUCUAUACUCAAUCGGACGGAGCGAGAACCACUUCACACAGGCAAACGACUUCAUACCCGAACGAUUCUUCUCGCGCCCUGAACUGAUUAAACACAAGGACGCAUUUAGUCCGUUCUCAAUGGGGCCGUAUGGCUGUAUUGGGAAGAACCUGGCAUAUAUGCAGAUUCGGCUGCUGACUGCGUAUCUUAUUACGAAGUUUGAUGUGCGUUUGGCGCCUGGGGAGGAUGGGCAGGAUUUGUUGCUCAGGUCGGCGGAUCAUUUUACGACUGGGCUGGCGCCGUUGAAUUUGUGUUUUAUUAAAAGGGAUUAGGUUUUGCUGGCUGUCAUUUAGGCUACUGUACUUGAG